CCCCCCAACCGAUCUUCUGUCCUGUGCCUCCAUCUUUGAACCUGAAUACACACUCAUUCCUGAAGACGCACGCAAACAGAGUUGCACACCUCGCCGCCAGCCGCGCUUUGCAGGAUGAUCACCUCGGAGCUUCCUGUCCUACAGGACUCUUCCAACGAGUCUGGGGCGACAGACGCCGUGGCUUUAAGUAUGAGCAUUGGGGAGAUUGAAGAUCCGGAAGUGAAGGGCAAGAAGAAGAGAGGGAGGCCUGGAAAACAAGCCCCGGCGGCGAAUAAGAAGCCGAGGAAGUCGCCGGCGGAAAAGGGCGUGGGCGUCGCGAGAGGCCGCGGGAAAGCCAACGGCGUGGCUCAACACAAUGGAGACGGCGGAGACCCCGUCACGCUGUUCGAGGUGGUCAAACUGGGCAAGAGUGCCAUGCAGUCUGUGGUGGACGAGUGGAUCGAGUCGUACAAACAGGACAGAGACUUGGCGCUGCUGGAUCUCAUCAAUUUUUUCAUCCAGUGCUCGGGAUGCAAAGGCACCGUGAGGAUCGAGAUGUUCAGGAACAUGCAGAACGCAGAGAUCAUCCGCAAGAUGACCGAAGAGUUUGACGAGGACAGCGGCGAUUACCCCCUCACAAUGCCGGGGCCCCUGUGGAAGAAGUUCCGCUACAACUUCUGCGAGUUCAUCAGCGUCUUGAUCCGCCAGUGUCAGUACAGCAUCAUCUACGACGAGUACAUGAUGGACACGGUGAUCUCCCUCCUCACCGGGCUGUCGGACUCCCAAGUGCGAGCCUUCAGACACACCUCCACACUGGCAGCGAUGAAGCUGAUGACGGCGCUGGUGAACGUGGCGCUGAACCUCAGCAUCCACCAGGACAACACGCAGCGGCAGUACGAGGCCGAGAGGAACAAGAUCGCCGGCAAGCGCGCCAACGACAAGCUGGAGCUGCUGCUGCAGAAGAGGAAGGAGCUUCAAGAAAACCAAGAUGAAAUAGAGAAUAUGAUGAACUCCAUCUUCAAGGGAAUCUUUGUGCAUCGCUACAGGGACGCCAUUGCUGAAAUCCGAGCCAUCUGUAUCGAGGAGAUCGGAGUGUGGAUGAAGAUGUACAGCGAUGCUUUUCUGAAUGAUAGUUACCUGAAAUAUGUCGGUUGGACGCUACACGAUCGGCAAGGAGAGGUGCGUCUGAAGUGCCUGAAGGCUCUGCAGAACUUGUACACAAACCGAGAGCUGUUCCCCAAGUUAGAGCUGUUCACGAACCGCUUCAAGGACCGUAUCGUAUCGAUGACGCUGGAUAAGGAGUACGACGUGGCCGUGGAGGCCAUCAGACUGGUCACGCUCAUUCUGCAAGGCAGUGAAGACGCCUUAUCCAAUGAGGACUGUGAGAACGUUUACCACCUGGUCUACUCUGCCCACCGGCCAGUGGCCGUUGCUGCAGGAGAGUUCCUGCACAGAAAAUUGUUCAGUCGUCAUGACCCACAGGCAGAAGAGGCGCUGGCGAAGCGCCGAGGGAGGAGCAGCCCCAACGGAAAUCUCAUCCGCAUGCUGGUCCUCUUCUUUCUGGAGAGUGAGCUCCACGAGCAUGCGGCCUACCUGGUGGACUCGUUGUGGGAAAGCUCUCAGGAGCUGCUGAAGGACUGGGAGUGUAUGACUGAACUUCUGACGGAGGAGCCUGUGCAGGGAGAGGAGGUGUUGUCAGACAGACAGGAGAGUGCUCUGAUAGAGCUGAUGGUGUGCACCAUCCGACAGGCAGCAGAGGCACACCCACCUGUUGGCAGAGGCACCGGAAAAAGGGUGCUGACGGCGAAGGAGAGGAAGACCCAGAUCGACGAUAAGAACAAACUGACGGAGCACUUCAUCAUGACGCUGCCCAUGCUUCUGUCCAAGUACCAGGCGGACUCGGAGAAGGUCGCCAACCUGCUGCAGAUCCCUCAGUUCUUCGACCUGGACGUGUACAGCGCCGGGCGCAUGGAGAAGCACCUGGACGCCCUGCUGAAGCAGAUCCGGCUGGUGGUGGAGAAGCACAUCGAGAUGGACGUGCUGGAGGCCUGCAGCAAGACCUACAGCAUCCUCUGCUCCGAGGAGUACACCAUCAUGAACCGCGUGGACAUCGCCCGCUCGCAGCUCAUCGACGAGAUGACGGAUCGCUUCGCACACUCUGUCGAGGGGCUGCUUCAGGAGGCGGAGGAGGCCGACGAUGACGAUAUCUACAACGUUUUAUCCACGCUCAAAAGACUCACCGCCUUCCACAAUGCGCACGACUUGACGCGGUGGGAUUUAUUUGGGAACUGCUACCGGCUGCUGAAGGCGGGCAUCGAGCAGGGCUCCAUGCCGGAGCAGAUCGCCGUCCAGGCCCUGCAGUGCUCCCACUACUCGGUCCUCUGGCAGCUGGUCAAGAUCACGGAGGGGGCUCCCAGCAAGGAUGACCUGGUGGCUCUCAGGAGAGUGGUGAAGUCUUUCUUGGCUGUCUGCCAGCAGUGCCUGUCUAACGUCAACACACCAGUCAAAGAACAGGCGUUCAUGCUUCUCUGCGACCUGCUGAUGAUCUUCAGUCACCAGCUGGUGACCGGCGGCCGGGACGGCCUCCAGCCGCUGGUCUUCAACCCGGACAUGACUCUGCAGAACGAGCUGCUCAACUUCGUCCUGGACCACGUCUUCGUCGACCAGGACGAUGAGAGUCAGAGCAUGGAGGGAGACGAGGAAGACGAGGCCAACAAGAUCGAGGCGCUCCACAAAAGGAGAAACCUGCUCGCGGCGUUCUGCAAACUCAUCAUCUUCGACAUCGUAGACAUGCACGCCGCCGCCGACAUCUUCAAACACUACAUGAAGUAUUAUAAUGAUUAUGGCGACAUCAUCAAGGAGACUCUGAGUAAAACCAGACAGACGGACAAGAUUCUCUGUGCCAAGACGCUCAUCCUCAGUCUGCAGCAGCUGUUCAACGAGCUGCUGCAGGACCAGGGCCCCAACCUGGACCGCACGUCGUCUCACGUGAGCGGCAUCAAGGAGCUGGCUCGCCGCUUCGCCCUCACCUUCGGCCUGGACCAGAUCAAGACCAGAGAGGCCGUCGCCACGCUGCACAAGGAUGGAAUCGAGUUUGCAUUUAAGUUCCAGAAUCCUCGAGGACCGGAGUUUCCUCCCAUCAACCUGGCCUUCCUGGAGGUCCUGAGUGAAUUCUCUUCAAAACUAAUCCGCCAAGACAAGAAAACUGUCCACUCGUACCUGGAGAAGUUCAUGUCGGAGUCGAUGUCGGAGCGUCGGGAGGACGUGUGGCUGCCGCUGAUCUCCUACAGGAACAGCCUGCUGACGGGAGGAGACGAGGACCACAUGUCGGUCACGUCGGGCUCCAGCAGCAAGGCCGGCUCGGUGCGCAGCAAGAAGGGCCGGCCGCCGGUCCACAAGAAACGCAUCGAGGAAGAGAGCAGUGUCGAGGGCUCGUGGAUGUUGCGCAACGACACACUGCAGACACCGGGAGCUCUGCAGACUCCUCAGCUCACCUCGACGGUUCUCCGAGAGAACAGACCGGCGGAACACAUGCCCGACCCGGACUCGGAACCCGGAUCGGAGAACGACUUCGUACACAAUCCUCAGAUGCAGAUGUCGUGGCUCGGGCAGCAGAAGAUGGAGGAGGUGAACAGGAAGGACCGGACGGGCAUGAACUACAUCAAGGCGCGCAGCAACCAGGGCGUCCGGCAGACGGUGCGUGGGUUGAUGGAGGAUGACGCAGAGCCCAUCUUCGAGGACGUGAUGAUGUCAUCGCGGGGCCAGCUGGAGGACAUGAACGAGGAGUUUGAAGACACGAUGGUGAUCGACCUGCCGCCAUCGAGGAACCGACGGGAACGAGCAGAAUUGAGACCGGACUUCUUUGACUCUGCAGCGAUGAUUGAGGACGAGUCGGGGUUCAGCAUGCCCAUGUUCUGAUCUGGGGGAAAAGGGUAAAGAUCCUGAGAUCAUGAUCCACAUCAGGAGUAAACAGAAGGGGGGUUUUGGGGGUCGUCUGACCCAGAUAUUAACCUGCCAAUCAAACUCUUUAAGAAGAAGGAAAAAAACAUUGUCGGAGUACUUUUCUCUUUCUGUAAGACACGAUGGAAAGAUGUUUCAGUGGACCUACCGAUGGAUUCCCACCCGGGAAGAACAGGCUCCGUUCUUUCAGGCGAGGCCGGAGGAUCCAGAAUAUUCUCCAGAAAUCUAGUCUGGAUUAUUGAAGAGCUUCUUGUUGCUCUAAAUCUUCCUCCUCCUCUUCCUCCAGACAGUCGGUUUGGCUCUUGAGUGCUCGCAGUAUUUACGCUUCCCCCGUGACACAGAUGUACAGUUGUUUGGUUUUCGCUCCCGAUCAGCAGCACAGAGCAGCGUGAAAACACUCUGUACAGCCCCCCCCACCCCCACACCCCCCAAUUUUAAUGUCGCACUUUGAUCCAUCUUGUUAAAUCCAACAUGGAGAGGAUCUCAAUACUAAGUGUUCUAUAUCUUUGCUCUUAUUACCCCCUCCCCUCCAAGUCCUCGUGUGUGUGUGUGUGUGUGUGUGUGUGCGUGCGUGUACACGUUGGUGGUGCUGAUGGUUGAGUGGUCGCACGUGCACCCUGAGGUCAACGGCCACAGGCGGACCUGGCGGGAGUGAUUUAACUGUCUUGUGUGCGAUUGUCAAAGCCACCGACCCCCAAACCGAGGUCAAUCCCUCUCAGAUCUCGAAAACAUUACACACACACACACACACACACACACACUCACACACCCUGACACACACACACCUACCCUUGAAUAGGUUUUGAAGUUAAAACAUUUUUAAAAAAGACAAUAAACAUAUUUUGAAUUCUGUAGCUUUAGUACUAAAGUUUUAAAUCGUGUGUUUUUUUUGUUUUUGUCCGAUGUUUGUACAGCUUUUUCUCGAAUAUGUAUCUCGUUUGUUGCCAAAUUGUGGCCUACAUACUUACAGUAUAUUCCCCCCCCCCCCCCCGGUAUCUCAUAUCUAACGGUGACUGUUGCUGUGGGACACCAGUUUUUAAGCGCUGUAGAUUGUAAAGGUUUCACAGUUCAGUAUUACAGCCGAGUGUCCGGUGGGUUGGUUCACGCCACAGGUCAAAGGUCAUGUUACGUUUUUUACGCCUUCAGUGUUAACUGAUCCAAGAAGUUUAAGGAUUUUUGUUCUCAUUGUUUUUCGAAUCCAGUGCAGUGGUGGAUUUCUAUGUCUGACAGAUUAGUUUGAAUGUUUUCCCUCCACAUCGUCAAUCAAUCAUGUACCCCCGCCCCCUCCUGUAAAUAUCAAGACAAUUGGAUCUUUUCUGCAGUGCAGUUGACAUCAGUUGCCCGAAAAUGCUCUAAAAGCCUGUUUUUUUUUUUUUCU